GAAAUGGAAAAGUUGGGAGGGCUAGAAGCUUGAUAUAUGAGAUGGUGGAACCGAAUGAUGUCACGUUUAACAUUUUUAUAUCCGGGUAUUGCAAAGAGGAGAAUUUAGUUCAGGCUUUAGUGAUGCUGGAGAAGAGCUUUGCCAUGGAUUUUGUUCCUGAUAUUGUCUCCGUGACUAAGGUUGUGGAAGGUCUUUGCAAGGCCGGCCGUGUAACGGAGGCUGCUGAGGUUUUGGACAGAGUUGAGUGUAUGGGGGCUUCACUUGAUGUUGUGGCUUAUAACACCUUGAUAAAGGGGUUUUGUGGAGUAGGAAAAGUAAAAGUUGGGAUUCAUUUCCUGAAGCAAAUGGAGAGUAGAGGCUGUCUUGAGUGUCUUCCAAAUGUAGACACCUAUAACAUACUCAUAUCUGGUUUUUGUUAUUCUGGGAUGUUAGAUUUGGCCUUGGAUCUUUUUAAUGACAUGAAAACAGAUGGGAUCAAAUGGAACUUUGCUACAUUCGACACGAUAAUUAGAGGGUUGUGUUCAAAAGGAAGAAUCGAUGAAGGUUUUUCAAUUUUGGAGUUGAUGGAGGAAAGCAAAGAAGGCUCUAGAGGGCACAUUAGUCCUUAUAAUAGCAUAAUAUAUGGUCUAUUCAAGCAGAACCGUUUUGAUGAAGCAGUUGAAUUUCUAACAAACUUAGGAAAGAUGUUUCCAAGAGCUGUUGACAGAAGCAUGACGAUUUUCGAACAUUGUAAGCAGGGGAGUAUUGAGGAUGCAAAGAGGGUCUAUGAUCAGAUGAUUGAUGAAGGUGGAGUUCCAAGUAUUCUAGUUUAUGAUUGCCUAGUUCGCAGAUUAUCUGAAAACAGUUGCGUCCGAGAAGCAGUUGAGCUGAUGAAUGAAAUGAUUGCCAAUAACAGCUUUCCAGUUCCAUCUACAUUUAAUGCAAUCAUUGCAGGUUUUUGCAGACAAGAAAAAAUUGAAAGUGCAUUGAAGUUCAUGGAAGAUAUCACUGCAAGAGAGUGUGAAACCAAUGCAGAAACUUAUGGUCCUUUGAUUAAUGUUACAUGUAAGAAGGGUGAUCUUCAGAAAGCCUUGCAACUCUUCCUAGAAAUGUAACAUCAGGUGCAUCAAAUAUCUCAAGAGGGAGUACCUCAUCAAUACAUGGUUGUUUUAGUGAAGGUGACAUUAUUGAAUCAGAAAAUUCCUUGAAUUCAAUUUUAAUCCAAAAGGGAAUGAAUUGUUCAGUCACAGAGGUACUUAGAGAGAAUAUUUGCAGGUUUGUCUCUCUAUUUAUUAUAUCAACUUGUUCACCUGAUUAAAACUAAACUGUAUGAGAUUUAGGCAUAACACUUAAAAUUCCAAAACUAAAGAAUGUUUCCAUUAUGCAGAAAUUUAGUGCCAGUGUAACUCGAGAUUGUUUUCUUCCUGCCAAUAGGAAUCCUGAUUGGUUAACAUUCGUUGGUGAAGAUUCUUUUGUAACUUUCCAUGUCCCUCAAGUGAAUGGGCGGAAGUUAAAGACAAUGUUGUU